UUCAAAGGAGCCAGCUCCCUGCAGUAGGAUGAGGAUACGAGACACAAAGAUCACACCUGCCGGAAAACAAACGCUCAUUUAACCAUUAACGUUAAUGUUAAAUUUUAGUCUCACCUCUUCUCGACAAAACCCCGUACGCGUUAACACCGGUGGAGUCUUUAAUUUGCCAAAUAGACCUCAGAUAGCUAUGUUUAGUAGAAAACGUGACGAGCGCAGUAUUUACUGUCUAGUGGCAGACGGAAUGAUCGGGCCUGUUACAACCGGCUUUUCCACAUUUCGUCCAUCAAAUCAAUAGCCAUGGAUGUCAGAGCCGUCCUGGAGUUUGCCGCAGUUACGAGGGGCCUUUCGCUGUUUUUGCAGGCUGUGUUUAAUGCUGCCAUUCCUGACCAUGAAGCUGAUGCGUUCAGGCCCCCUCGGACAGAGGAGCCCCUGUACUUGGACUCUGCAGUGGAGUGGCUGCUGGGAGGCCUCUCUCACUGGGACGCAGAACAUUUCCUCUUCAUUGCUGAAAGAGGAUACCUAUAUGAGCACAACUUUGCUUUUUUCCCCCUCUUCCCUAUCGUCCUCCGUGGCCUGGCAGAGACCCUCCUGUGGCCCCUCAGCAGCUGGCUGACGGUGCGGGGUCGUCUGCUUGUAACCAUCGCUCUGGGAAACAGUGCCCUCUUCUUACUGAGUGUGGUUGCUUUGCAUGCUCUUAGUAGAACUGUUCUGCAGGACAGGCGUCUCGCUCUGCUCUCCAGCCUGCUCUACUGCAUCACACCUGCCAAUGUUUUUAUGACUGCUGGCUACUCAGAGAGCCUGUUCGCUGCCCUCACUUUUGGUGGCCUCUACCUGUUGGAGAAGGGAUUCACUCUGCGAGCCUGCUUGGCCCUCUGCAUAGCCACUGCAGCACGAUCCAAUGGACUUGUUAAUAUAGGAUUCCUACUGUAUCUUCCAUCUUUGCACGCCAUUUCCAAGAUUCGUGUAUAUCGCACAACAACAAGAGGCCACAGUAAAGCCUUCCACUAUAUUUGGGUUGUCAUUCGUUUGUUGCUUACCUCUCUCCUAGGCACUGCAAUUAUUGCCCUUCCUUUCAUUGCCUUCCAGUACUACGGGUAUAGGACGUUUUGCACACCGUCUGUCUCCUUGGAGCGUAUACCUCCCGCUCUCCUAUCGCUGGCUGAAAGGAAGGGCUACCGGGUCCCCGAUGAAAAUGGUCCACCGCCACUCUGGUGCAUGAGACCCCUGCCCCUGCUUUAUUCUCACAUCCAGGACGUAUACUGGGAUGUUGGCUUCCUUCGCUACUUUGAGCUGAAGCAGAUACCAAACUUUGUUUUGGCUCUACCUAUGGCAACCCUUGGCAUAAUGGCAGUAUAUGCCUAUUUUCAAGCUAAUCCAGAACUAUGUCUUAGACUCGGACUUUGGGAGACAAGUGCAAAUAAAGGGCUGGACAAACCUACUCCAGGAUUCUUUAACCCCAGGGUAUUUGUGUAUGUUGUUCAUUCCACAGUCCUCCUGGUGUUUGGGACAUUGUGCAUGCAUGUACAGGUUCUGACCAGAUUCAUGGCCUCCUCGUCUCCUGUGCCCUUCUGGAUCAGUGCCCACCUCCUGCUCCUCAAUGAGCCACUUCUUCAUCGAAGGAAAACAUCAACUCCUAAUGUACAGCUGCAGAGCCACUCCCGAAAUGGAUGCAAGCACACUCCCCAAAACCCCAUCACAGCCCUGCUUCCACACUUCAGAACCUGUUCUUCUAUUACACAAAGUAUCUUGGGAUAUUUCCUCUCAUACUGGGUACUGGGCUUGGUACUGCAUUGUAACUUCUUACCAUGGACUUGACUUACGACUCUGCACUGAGCUUUAAUUGCAAUAUCUACAAAGCACUGGGCUCUGUCAUUUUACUUUAAGGGUUUUGCUACAUGAAGCUGCUUCACUGUUUCUUUAAUCCAGUAAAUAUUUAAUUGUUCAUCGCAGUAACAUUCAACAGAAUGUCAGGAAAGUUGCUCACAUGUCAACAAUUUUAUCAGUGCCACUUUGCUUUGCUGGGUAAAUGGGGAUAAAUAAUUAAAUUCAUUUACACAGUUUGGGAAAUGCUGUGUCUAUUGUAGCUAUGACUUCCAGUCCUGUGCAGACAUUAUUAGAACAAACCACUUUAUUCAUGCAAUGGACAACAAUUUUAUUUGCACAUAUUUGUCAAGACUUAUUCACUGUCAGGUUGUCCAUUUAGUAACAGCUGUGGUAGUUUUGCAUUAAAUUUUUUUAUACAAUUCUUUUUUUCUGUAUAAUAUUGCACUGCAUGUUUGGAGAAUUAUUCCAAUAUUGUUUGAAAAUCUUGGUUGCGAAUGCCAAAAAUAAAGAUUUUGUUGAUGUAGA